UUAAGAGAUCAUACAAUAUAACUAUUUUUCUUAAAAUAAUUACAUGUGUGCUACAUAUUCAAAAGCAAUUGCUUACGUAGAAUAAGAAAUGAAUGAAUAAAAACAUAUAUAUAUAUAAUGAAUAUUGCAUCAUGCUGGAUUCCAAUUGUGUAUUUUGUUUGAGAUAGAAAAUUCAAACUCAAAUUCAAAAUAGAAUUCAAUUGGAAAUGAAAAACAGAAAUAAAUAAAAGAAGCCUCUACUUGGCACCUUGGGCUGUAUUCUCCCCGCGCUGGCCCAUCUACGCUCCCUUUUCCUCGCGCUGGCCCAUUGCCGUGCCAGCCCAAUAGCACAACACUGUGGGCGCCCUGUGUCUCUACCACGUGGGCCCGGGACGCCAGUUCCUUCUUCCGCUCGAGCUCCGUAACAGACGUCGCUACUUCGUCGCUGGGACUUGGGGAGCAAUUCCACGAACCGCGCUCGGUCUUCUCCCUCAACGGAACGCGACUUCUUCGCCGCGCGCGCUGGAAUCCCUGGCCAUAUAUCCUGGACGCACGACCUCCUCUCCUUCUGCCCAUCCAUGGCGCUCGGCACCCAGUGCCCCUGCUCCUCUUCCUGGCAGCCGGGUGGAGCUCCCCCCCAUGGGCGAGCCUCCAACCUUCCCUUUGAGCUCCCACAAACCCAAGUACAGGGUGCCCCCGCGAGCUCCAUGGCCGCGCGUGCCAGGCCUUCGCCAUCUAUGGAGCUCGGCGUUGCCCCCUUCGCCGCGCGCUGCUCAUCCUCUCCACCGCUCGGAGAUCCGCCCGAUGCCUCACCAGAGCGUGUGGAUGUCGCGGCGUCCACCAAUUCGGGGGUCAUGGCGUCGUAUCUGGGGCGAUUUCUUGCCGGUGAUGAAGCUCCGCUGCGGACCACAAAUCCUCCGUGGGCGGGCCUCUGCACGUCGUUUCCGCCGCACGAGGACACGUGUCAUCUGAAGAGCAAGUUGGUACCUGGAAUCUCAAGACCCAGGCAAGUUGUGCCCUUGAUCACUUCUUUUUACCCACUCAUGUUCUAAUUAAUCAUAAUGAUCUGCAUAGGUUAAUUUGAUGGGACCCAAUAGGUUACCCUAGUUUGUCUAUCUUUAUACCUUGUUUAUCACUGAACUUUUUGGGUAGUACUUGCUAGUGCUUUAUGUGGUUUUGGGUAUGAAGAUACAUUAUUCAUGAUCACACUUUUAUUAUCUGUUUAUUAUCACUGUUCAUGAUAAGAUCAUUAUGUUAAUUGGAACAUGGAGAACCACCCGGGAAAACAGUGCUACCACAAGGGUUUAAUGGGACGCCCUUGGCCGAUUAAUUAGGAAAGCUAGUGGAAGACUACCUUACCCGAAAGGGGCAAGGGCAGUAGGGGAGUGGUCAGUGUAGGGAGGCCCUCGGGAGGAUUUUGCUGUGAUGGCGGUCCUGCAAGGGAUUCCUGGGAAGGCCCUCGGGAGGAUUUUGCUGUGAUGGCGGUCCUGCAAGGGAUUCCUAGGGAGGCCCUCGGGAGGAUUUUGCUGUGAUGGCGGUCCUGCAAGGGAUUCCUGCAUUGGAGCUUCCUAUAAACUGUAGCGGGUUUUCUGAAGCUAGUGGAACUUUGUAAAGGCCUCGUAGUGUUACCCUGCCUCGCCUCCUCGGUAGAGGUGUAUGGGAAGUCGCGAUCCCUUGGCAGAUGGGUAACAUGACUUGUGGGUAAAGAUGCGCAACCUCUGCAGAGUGUAAAACUGGUAUACUAGCCGUGCUCACGGUCAUGAGCGGCUCGGACACUCACAUGAUUAAUCUAUGGAACUUAAAUUCAAUUUGUCAUAUGCAUUGCAUCGCAGGUGAUGAUGUUACUUCUGUUCUACUAUUUAAUUGGGUUGGUAUUUACUUAUACUUAGUUAUGGCUAAUAAAAUUUUGACCAACUUUAAAAGCAAUGCUCAGCUUCAGCCAUCCUCUUUGGUAAGCCUUACACUUCACGUGAGCUCCCACCUUUGGCGAGUUCAUGCACAUUAUUCCCCACAACUUGUUGAGCGAUGAACGUAUGUGAGCUCACUCUUGCUGUCUCACACCCCCCCCCCCCCACAGGUCAAGAACAGGUACCGCAGGAUGAGGCGCUUGAAGGAUGCUGCGUUGAGUUCGUGAGUGGUCUAGGUCGUCGUCUCCCAGUCAACUUUGGGUUGCUGGACCGUUGUCUCCUUAUAAUGUAAUUAUUUAUUUUGUAUAGAACUCCUGUUAUAUAUAAAGAUGUGACAUUCGAUCCUGUGCCACUUUACAUCAUAUGUGUGAGACUUGGUCCCAGCAUACCUGGUGUUUAUGUUAGCGCCCGGGUUUUGGACCCCUAAAAUCCGGGUGUUACAGAAGUGGUAUCAGAGGAAUGUUGACUGUAGGACGAAACCUAGAUAGAACUGGACAACCAUUAUCUACUUACCUUUGCUACUCUGAUUCUUUUCUAAACUUAUCUUAAUCUUUUCUCAUCUAUUUCCGCUUUACUCUGAUUAAUCUUACCUUUUCUUUCUAAAGACAAAUGUGGAUUUCACACUUUGAAAUCCUGUGCCUAAAGUGACUUUAGGAAUAUGAGACCUACUCUUAGGAACAAAAACAAAAUUAUUUUUGUAGAUAUCUAUACGUUUGAAUGUUUGUUCUUAUGAUAACUGUUUGAUUUGGUUCUUUGAUUGAAUGUGAUGAGUUGUGGAGUAAUGUCCACAAUUCCAUCUGCAUAUACAUAAAGACAUAAGAAAUCAUAAUAUCACUAGAUAAACUAAGAAUAUCCUCCAUUAAAAUAUAUCUAGCUUCAUAAUAUCCUUCUUAUCUUAAAAGAUAUUUUCUUACCUUAAUAGAUUUAUCUCAUCCUAAAAGAAACUAUCUUAUCUUAUCUUAUCCUAACCACUUUGCUUAUCUCACCUCGGAGUAACAAUCAUGAUCCAAUCCAAAUUAAUUAGAUCUUAUCUAGUUCAAGCUAGUCACACCAAUCUAACCUAGAUCCGAUCUAAUCUAAAGUGGCUUAUCAAACAUGUUAGAUAAUACUGAUGAAAUAGAUUAGACUCUACUCUAAUAGAACAUGUCUUAACUUAGUUCACCCUGCACUAAAAUUAAGAACGACAGACCGACUUGGCCUUAUGCAACUACCUUAACCAUCCGAUAGUUGCAUAACCCCUCAAUUUUAACCUAGCAAGGGAUUCUAACCUACCUACACCACAUAAUCCAUCCUACUCACAUAUAUAGUCACCAUAUGUCCUUAACUCGGAUGGCAACUCCAACAAGAAAGGCCAAAGAAUACCAACCACGACAAAGAAGGAUAAGCAUCAACCCAAGACUUCAAAGAUCAAGUUGAAUCGCCAGCGGAAUCAAGAUCCACAGUUCAGGAUGAAGUCUUUCCUUAUUAUACUCUUCCUUGCCACAACCUAUACUUGCCAUAAUCGUACCUCAUCUGACAUAAUAGAUGGCUAUACACACACACACAUAUAUAUAUAUAUAUAUAUCUAUAUUUUCCAAAUCAUCUACUAGCGAGUAUAAAAAAAAAACUUGAAACAAAACUUUUGAUUCCUAAACCAAACUGGUUGCAUCCCUUUUCUACAAAUCUCGAGGACGAGAUUAUUUUUAAGGGGGGUAGGAUUUGUAACACCCUAAAUCUCAUUUUGAGAAUAUAGUAAAAAAAAAUCAAAGAUCUUGAACUAGAAUAAUUUUUUUUUCUCUUCUUUAAGAAUUCCCAUAACAUGUGAAGUCAAAUCUCCUUAUAAAAGUUCUAUCAAAAAAAAUACGUUUAUAUACAUUAGACUUUAUUAAAGACUAUAAGUGUUAAUGUGAGAACAUUUUUUUAAGAGAUCAUACAAUAUAACUAUUUUUCUUAAAAUAAUUACAUGUGUGCUACAUAUUCAAAAGCAAUUGCUUACGUAGAAUAAGAAAUGAAUGAAUAAAAACAUAUAUAUAUAUAAUGAAUAUUGCAUCAUGCUGGAUUCCAAUUGUGUAUUUUGUUUGAGAUAGAAAAUUCAAACUCAAAUUCAAAAUAGAAUUCAAUUGGAAAUGAAAAACAGAAAUAAAUAAAAGAAGCCUCUACUUGGCACCUUGGGCUGUAUUCUCCCCGCGCUGGCCCAUCUACGCUCCCUUUUCCUCGCGCUGGCCCAUUGCCGUGCCAGCCCAAUAGCACAACACUGUGGGCGCCCUGUGUCUCUACCACGUGGGCCCGGGACGCCAGUUCCUUCUUCCGCUCGAGCUCCGUAACAGACGUCGCUACUUCGUCGCUGGGACUUGGGGAGCAAUUCCACGAACCGCGCUCGGUCUUCUCCCUCAACGGAACGCGACUUCUUCGCCGCGCGCGCUGGAAUCCCUGGCCAUAUAUCCUGGACGCACGACCUCCUCUCCUUCUGCCCAUCCAUGGCGCUCGGCACCCAGUGCCCCUGCUCCUCUUCCUGGCAGCCGGGUGGAGCUCCCCCCCAUGGGCGAGCCUCCAACCUUCCCUUUGAGCUCCCACAAACCCAAGUACAGGGUGCCCCCGCGAGCUCCAUGGCCGCGCGUGCCAGGCCUUCGCCAUCUAUGGAGCUCGGCGUUGCCCCCUUCGCCGCGCGCUGCUCAUCCUCUCCACCGCUCGGAGAUCCGCCCGAUGCCUCACCAGAGCGUGUGGAUGUCGCGGCGUCCACCAAUUCGGGGGUCAUGGCGUCGUAUCUGGGGCGAUUUCUUGCCGGUGAUGAAGCUCCGCUGCGGACCACAAAUCCUCCGUGGGCGGGCCUCUGCACGUCGUUUCCGCCGCACGAGGACACGUGUCAUCUGAAGAGCAAGUUGGUACCUGGAAUCUCAAGACCCAGGCAAGUUGUGCCCUUGAUCACUUCUUUUUACCCACUCAUGUUCUAAUUAAUCAUAAUGAUCUGCAUAGGUUAAUUUGAUGGGACCCAAUAGGUUACCCUAGUUUGUCUAUCUUUAUACCUUGUUUAUCACUGAACUUUUUGGGUAGUACUUGCUAGUGCUUUAUGUGGUUUUGGGUAUGAAGAUACAUUAUUCAUGAUCACACUUUUAUUAUCUGUUUAUUAUCACUGUUCAUGAUAAGAUCAUUAUGUUAAUUGGAACAUGGAGAACCACCCGGGAAAACAGUGCUACCACAAGGGUUUAAUGGGACGCCCUUGGCCGAUUAAUUAGGAAAGCUAGUGGAAGACUACCUUACCCGAAAGGGGCAAGGGCAGUAGGGGAGUGGUCAGUGUAGGGAGGCCCUCGGGAGGAUUUUGCUGUGAUGGCGGUCCUGCAAGGGAUUCCUGGGAAGGCCCUCGGGAGGAUUUUGCUGUGAUGGCGGUCCUGCAAGGGAUUCCUAGGGAGGCCCUCGGGAGGAUUUUGCUGUGAUGGCGGUCCUGCAAGGGAUUCCUGCAUUGGAGCUUCCUAUAAACUGUAGCGGGUUUUCUGAAGCUAGUGGAACUUUGUAAAGGCCUCGUAGUGUUACCCUGCCUCGCCUCCUCGGUAGAGGUGUAUGGGAAGUCGCGAUCCCUUGGCAGAUGGGUAACAUGACUUGUGGGUAAAGAUGCGCAACCUCUGCAGAGUGUAAAACUGGUAUACUAGCCGUGCUCACGGUCAUGAGCGGCUCGGACACUCACAUGAUUAAUCUAUGGAACUUAAAUUCAAUUUGUCAUAUGCAUUGCAUCGCAGGUGAUGAUGUUACUUCUGUUCUACUAUUUAAUUGGGUUGGUAUUUACUUAUACUUAGUUAUGGCUAAUAAAAUUUUGACCAACUUUAAAAGCAAUGCUCAGCUUCAGCCAUCCUCUUUGGUAAGCCUUACACUUCACGUGAGCUCCCACCUUUGGCGAGUUCAUGCACAUUAUUCCCCACAACUUGUUGAGCGAUGAACGUAUGUGAGCUCACUCUUGCUGUCUCACACCCCCCCCCCACAGGUCAAGAACAGGUACCGCAGGAUGAGGCGCUUGAAGGAUGCUGCGUUGAGUUCGUGAGUGGUCUAGGUCGUCGUCUCCCAGUCAACUUUGGGUUGCUGGACCGUUGUCUCCUUAUAAUGUAAUUAUUUAUUUUGUAUAGAACUCCUGUUAUAUAUAAAGAUGUGACAUUCGAUCCUGUG